CAGAAUAUACUGUGCAUGAAGAAUUUUUUAUAUACUUUCUCAAGUGAUUUAUAUUCAUGAUAAACCAUCAGACAUAAUCAUGUAUAAUCCAACUGUCAAAAAAGGGAAUUGGCUUCAGAAACUCGAGUUAGGGAAAGAAAAAGUUGCAUCUUUUUUAGAAAAACGAGAAAAAGGAGAAUUACUUGUGCAGCAGACAAGAAACAUGUUCCAUAAUUUAUUGCAAAAAACGCGGUUGUCAGAGGACAUUGAUGGUUUUGUAAAAUUUGGAAGCUGCAUACAGCUCAAAGCACCUGACAUGCCCAACUCUCCUCCCCCGACUUCCAGUAUUGCGACCGAGGAUGAUAAAAAUGGUUAUGGGGUUGUUAUGACGGCAACAAUCCAUGACAAACACAUCUCGAAAGUAUCCAACUUAACAAAUGAUUGCAAUCUUGUUGCAUCCCCCUUACUCACUCCUUGUAUGCGCAAUAGUUUUGUCAUCAAAUCAGCUGAUAAAUGUAAUAGAGAUGGCGAAAAUUUGCUCUUCGGACAAGAAUUUCUGAUGCAGGUAUUAACUCAAUUGAACAAAAAUAAUAAUAUUCUACUGUUCGGAGAUUAUUUGUUUAUUGAGUCAACAAUAGUAUAAUAUAGCGACGAAAUUUCCAGUUUUUAUUCGCUCAAAAUUCCUGUACAAAAAAGUUCGUAUUUCAUCACAAUAUUUAUGAAAAUUGUUUUUUAAAUUCUUAUUAGAAAAUCAUGUAUUAAGAAUUUUUUGAAGACCGCGAUUGUCAAUUUUAACUUAAUUAUUUUCCUGUUAUAGCAAGCCCAUAUAUAGAUUCCAAAAAAUUAACGAAAAAUUUGUUUGAUAUUGAGGAAAUUAUGACGUAAAUAUAUACUUUUGCAUUUCGCAUUCAUUAGAAAAUCUUGAAUAUUGUAUAAACGUAUGAAUAUGGUUAAUUUUUUAAGUUUAUACCAUAUAUAAAAGAUCGUGAAUUCAACGGGUGAAGAAUUAUAUGCGAGAUCAGAAAGACCUUCAAUCGAUGGGCUCUGGGGUCCAUUGGGACAUGAACCAGUACGUUUGAGCAACAAGAAAGAUUGUUACGCUCUGUGGAAAGUUCUUUACUGGGACAAAGCGAAGAGAAUAGAUUCCGAGGGCGCUCCUUUUCCUCCAUACACCAGGUCCUACAUUCAUAAUCUUUAAAAAUCACUCAAACGAUUGCUUCAAUAAUUUUAGUUGCCAAAAUAAAACCAAAUUCCAGGCCAUUUGAGAUUUUCGUCUAAUGAUUUUCAGAAUUCAGUAAAAUCCUUGUCUAUGAUCGAAAAAUGAAUAUUCCAUUGGUAACUUUCUCGGAAAGCGAGCUCAAGUGAUUCAAAUAUAGUUUUCAAACUUUCUAGCCGUCAUUGUAGUAUUUAUGAGCAUAAUCGUAUUUCAUAUUUUAGUUUUUUGCCGAAUUUCUAGGCACUCGAUUCAAAUCGAAUAAAUUAUUUUUCAACCUUCAUGCAAAACGUCCUCAAUCAGCAUUCCUUUCAAUUGAGAGAUUCCCGGGAUAUUGCACUUUGAAAUCUUGUGAUAUCUUUCUCUGUCACGGACAUUCGACCAGCCAUGUAGAAUUUUACAGAGUUGUGGUGAGA